GCUGCCUGAACGUGGCGUGCUCACUAGCAGUUCUCGUAUAGCUGCAACCAGUGGCUGGAUAAAUUCCCGCCCCUUCAGAAAUCCAAACAAAACUCACGUCCGGUGGUGUAAACUGAGGAUCUGCUAACGUCCCACAAUGAUUUGCAUCUUGCUGGUUGCAGGGCACGGGACGCUUCUGGAAGAGCAAAUAAAGAAUGACACAUCAGGCCUAUACAGACACUUAAGUGGAAUUCCAAAAGCCCUUCUGCCAGGUCUAGGGGGAAAGAAGAUUUUAGAUUUCUGGUGGGAAAUCGUAAACACGAGGCAGCUGUUCAGUGAAGUUUAUUUGGUCACAAAUGCUGACAAGUUCAAGCACUAUGAACGCUGGGCUACUGCUAACAACUUCCCAGUGGAGAACAUCAUUAAUGAUGGCACAACCACUUAUGAGAAAAGACUAGGAGCAGUAGCUGACCUGGAACUAGCAAUUCAGAGUCGACACCUUCAGGAUGACAUUAUGGUGAUUGCAGGAGAUAUGCUUUGUGCAGAUCAGAAAUUUGAUAUUGCUCAGGUCCUUCGUUUCUUUAAGAUGAGAGGAGGUGAACUGGCAAUUUACUACGAGAUGGAAAAUGAUGAGGAAACAACAUCACGGGGGAUAGUGGAAGUGUGUCCUGACACUCACAGGAUUAUAAAAUUUUAUGAAAAACCUGUUGCAGGAACCACCAACUCAAGGCUGGCUAGUGUGGUUUUUUACUGCUUACGAAAAGACACAUUGCCCACCAUUGGUGAAUUUCUUCAUCUGAAGGAGAAUGCUAAUGACAGAGUUCUGGGCAAGUACCUGCAAUGGUUAAUAAAUGAAGUUAAUGUUUCAGUAAAUGGAAUGAAGCUGCCAACAGGCUUUCAGUUAAUUGGGCAAGUGGGGUUGUCGGACUACACCAAAUGGCUGGCUCAUUAUGCUACUAAAUAUCAUGAGACUUAUGGUAAAUCAAUCACUCACCGGUCAUAUGCAAGGAUUGGAAUCGUGGGAAAUCCUUCUGAUGGGUUUCAUGGUAAAACCAUUGCCAUGACCAUCGCUAACUUUUGGGCAGAAGUCACUCUCACUGAAAGCCAGACUCUUGAGUUACUGCCUCACCCUUUAAAUGAUCCCACUAGAUUUGGAAGCCUGCAGGAUCUUUAUUAUAUCAGCAGGAAGGAAGGAUACUUUGGGGGACUAAGACUGCUUCAAGCCACAUGUAAAAAGUUUUACCAGUUUUGUUCCAAAGAAGGAAUUGCUUUGACCAAACAAAACUUCACCCUCCAGUAUGACACCAACAUUCCACGUCAGGUGGGCCUGGCUGGUAGCAGUGCAAUUGUGACUGCCACAUUGAAGUGCCUCAUGGAUUUUUACAACCUCACUGAUCAGGAUUUGCCAAAGCCAAGGCAAGCAAACUUUGUCCUUGAUGUGGAGAGCGAUGAACUGUUCAUCACCGCAGGACUCCAGGACCGAGUUGUGCAGGUAUAUGAGGGACUCAUUUACAUGGACUUCAGUAAGGACCUAAUGGAUAAGCAAGGAUAUGGAAAUUAUGUUUCAAUGGAUAUGAGUUGCAUUCCUCAUUUUUGGCUUGCAUAUCUGGGUGAUCCUAGUGAUUCUGGAAUGAUUCACAGCAAUGUUCGACAGCGAUGGCUGAAUGGGGAUCCUGAAGUUGUUGCAGCUAUGAAAAUGUUUGCUGAUCUUACAGAUAAAGCAAAGGAAGCUCUUGAAAAGAGAAACUGGGAAACACUUGUACAUCUGAUGAAUCAGAACUUUGAUUUGAGGAGACAGUUGUAUUCAGAUGAGUGCCUGGGUGAAGGGAACUUGAAAAUGGUUAAAAUAGCAAGAGAGUUUGGCUCUGCAGUGAAGUUUCCAGGCAGUGGAGGAGCAGUAACAGGACUUUGUCUCAAUCCAGAUAAUAUGGUGGCACUGAAGAGAGCGCUGCAGGAGGCUGGCUGUGUUUUCUGCCAUAUUGUGCCCUUCGAUCCUUCUAAAUCCAAUGAGUCAUAGUGAAGUUACAUACUUAGUUUCUUUUCCUUUGAUUUAUUUCCAAUGAAAUAGUAUGAUGGGUGUGAAAACAUUUCUGUGGGUACUAUUUACACAGGGUAUGAUUCUGUAAAAUAUUAAACUAAAUGCCUGAAUAUGUUUUAAGAACAAACUUAAAUAAAAUUUUUAGAUAUAGGUUACAAGCCAUUUUCCAAGAGCAGGGUAAACUUUUAUAGCUGCCCAUUUUCAUGCUUUAGACCCUUAUUAAAGCAAUUAAAAAGACAAAAAGUAAACUAGUUGAAGGAUUUGUUAUGGGAGCAUAUUUUUUAACUUGUCUUAAAAAUCUGGAAUCAACAUGUUUUAUGUUGUAAUGAGGAAAAAUAAUUUGAAUGUAGCAGUGAUCUAUAAAAGAAAUAGUGGGGACAUGGCAGGGGACCUCCUUUUUCAAAUAAAAAAAGAUCAGAAUGGUCAAUUUCUUGAAAUGUUAGAUUUAGUCUUUGGUAGAGUCUGACGUCUAGGAUGCAGAAAGAGGAGUAUUACAAAGUUAACAGGAUGUUCAUGAGACAUUCAGGAACAGUCAAACAUCUUCAGUUAUUCUGCACAUCUAUUGAUGGAGCAAUGCUGAAAAAGAUGUACAUAUCUUUUUUUAAAAAAUCUAAUGCUUUCAUAAAUGAUCUUCAAAUGUGUAAUGAAACCAGCUGUUGUGAUGGAUUGUUCAGUUGUCCAUGAAAAACGUGUAUAUAUAUCUGUUAAUGAGGACAGAAAGACCAACUGUGCAUCCAUGAAGGCUAAGGCACACGCGAAGGUAUACUGAUCCAAGUCUGUUAUUACAGAAUAAGGACAACAACCAAAAUGUGUGGCAGUUUCAUUUAGUUUGGAGGGUUUAUAUGAUCUUGAUUGUUUCAAGGACUUCCAUUUCUAAUUAUUGUAUACGGUACAUGGUACAGCACCCUAGUACUAUAAUUAUUGUAUAUAAUGUUUAAGGAAAGUGGAUGGCUUCAUUUUAUAUUUUUAUAUAAUAUUUAAUGCUAAUGGUACUGAAUGUUUAGACUGUGGCACAUACUAAACAGUAUACUACUCUGCUGACUGCUAUAGCCUGACCAGUUCAGUGCCGCGAUGUAAUAGGAACAUGGCUGCUAUGUGAACUUGUCAACUAAACUGAACUUGUAAUAAUGUGUUUAAGUCAAUAAAUCAUGUUGUAUGUGAUGUACAUGAUGUGUGGCUUUAAUGUGCUCAGAAAGGUACCUUUUUUUUUCUCUCUUUUUCUAGAUGCACAAAUUUGCUAGCUGUUCAUAACAUUCUUAGCACCAUUAUCAGGUACAUUAAAUGUUUAAGGAAGAAAAUGUUGGAGAGUCAGAUGCAAAACAUAUCGUAGUAUAUUUAACUGGGUGUACACUAUGAAAGGUUCUUUACUAAAUAGAUUGGCUGGUUAAAACUCUAGCAUUACAUGGAACUGAACUAUUAUCCCAGCAGUGAUUCAAGAAUGUGUCAAGUGCCUGUGAUGUGUUUUUUUGUAUUUUUAUUAUUAUUUUUUUGGUAGAAGAAGGGCGAUCCUCAUUAAUAUUUUCUGUCUGUUGGUGCUUUGAAAGGUCUGGGACAAUGCAUGUUCUAAUAUACAGUAAAUAAUAAAUUUCAUACACUUGUAUACUGUAUUCAUGGGUACGAUGAAGUAAAAACAACAGAAAACUUU